GCGGGAUUGACAGCCUAUUCAGUAAGACUACUAGCUUCUUUCGCUCUUUUACACUCCACUUUUGUUUUCUUUCAACAUGGUUUUGUCAACAUCUCUGACUGCGCUCAUUCUGGGAGCGUCAGUCCCCUUCGUCAGUGCUGCACCAAAGGGCUGCUCCAAGCGGGCCACCAACUCGAGUGGUCUGGUUGCCUCGACUUACUUCGCCGGCUACCACGCCAACCGAGGCUACCCAGUGUCAUCGAUCCAGUGGGACAAGUACACUGAGAUCAAAUAUGCCUUUGCUGAGACCAGCGAGGACCACAGCUUGAACCUGACUAAGGCUGCCCCGGAGCAACUUCCUACUUUCGUUGCAGACGCCAAGAAGAAUAAUGUGAAGGCCCUUGUUUCCAUUGGUGGCUGGACAGGGAGCAGGUUCUUUUCAUCCAACGUCGGCUCUGCGGAGAACAGGACAGUCUUCAUCAAGAACGCCUUGGACCUCGUCAGCCAGUACCAUCUUGACGGCCUCGACUUCGAUUGGGAGUACCCCUUCAAGCAGGGUCUCGGUUGCAAUGCCAUCAACGAGAAUGACACGGCCAACUUCCUCACAUUCCUUCAGGAGCUGCGCCAGCAGGCGCCCGACCUGGUCCUGACGGCCGCCACCUCUCUGUUCCCCUGGAACGACGCCGCCGGCAACCGCUCAAAGGACCUGAGCGGCUUCGCCGACGCGCUCGACUACCUGAUGGUCAUGAACUACGACCUCUACGGCGCCUGGGCCUCGACAGCAGGCCCCAACGCCCCGCUCGACUCGGCCUGCGACACCCGCAACGUCAUGGGCUCGGGCAAGAUGGGCGUGCAGGCGUGGAUCGACGCCGGCGUCCCCGCAAACAAGCUGACCCUGGGCCUCCCCGCCUACGGCCACGGCUUCCGCGUCAACCAGACCUCCGCCAUCGCCGCCGACGGCACCCUGAACCUGUACCCGCCCCAGAACUCGAGCGACCGCUUCCAGGGCAGCAGCUGGGACGACGACCCGCCCAUCGACGACUGCGGCAACGCCCAGCCCCCGUCCGGGACCUACCCGCUCUGGAGCCUGAUCACCGAGGCUGGCGUCCUGGACGAGAAUGCCAAGCCCAUGCCUGGCAUCGAGUACACCUACGAUACCUGCAGCCAGACGCCGUUCCUCUACAACGCCACCAGCCAGAUCUAUGUGUCUUACGAUGAUGCCCAGUCUAUUGCGGCUAAGGGCCAGUACAUUGUGGACAUGGGCUUCAAGGGCUUUGUUAUGUGGGAGGCUGGUGGAGACUACAACAACAUCAUCAUCGAUGCUGCUCGCAAGUCGACUGGCUUGGCCUAGAUGGGAGUUCCAGGCUCUCGGCUUUGGGGGAAAUGCAUAAGUAGAACUUACCACUUUUCAGUGUAAAUUUUAAUUCAAUCCGUUC